AUGGCAGCGCAAUGCCCACUGGGGAGCCAGAUCAACACGCGACAGUCAGGACAUAAAGACCGAACAAUCUGGUGUUCCGGGCACAAAUUAAGCAGAGCCUGCAUUCCGACUCAUGUGACGUUCGUUGCACGUCGAUCCAACCAAAGGGAAGAGGAGAAAUACAAAAAGUUGUCUGGCCUCAGACUUUCUAUAUACAAACUGACGCAAGGUAAGAGCAAAUAA